UUGGCGACUCCGAUAUUCUGAUGACUUGGCCAUGAUAAAUGAAAAGUUAGCAAAUAUAAGAGAUGUUUACAUGGAGGCAAUUAAGUGCAGGGAACAACUACAGAAUUUAUAUGAUCUCCACGAAGGCGAGAUGCGCGGCUGGUUGACGUUCAAGCGCGAGCGCGCGGCGCGCCUGGAGCGCGAGGAGCGCCUGCGCCGGGCCGCCACGCGCGCGCAGGCCUGGUGGCGCGGCGUCAUGGUGCGCCGUGCGCUCGGACCCUUCAAACACUUAAAGAACGUGAAGAAACAACAACCGAAGUCCAAGAAGAAAUAAUAUUGUACGCACAAUAUAAUGUUAAUACCCAUUCAUCAUGAAUACGCCGUUGUUUGUUACUUCACUUCGUUGGGUUAGUGUCGGCUAUAGAAGUGGUGUAUUGAUAAAAUCAU